CUGCACGGAAGGUAAACGGCGAUGCAUUGAGCUGCCGGCGUGGUUUUGAAAUCUUGAGUGACAGUGAUCUUAAGUGAUUAUUUUAUACACGAACGCGUUUUUAUAUUGUUUAAUAUUUAGUCUGAGAGAGAACCCAUCCCAAUGCGAGUGUGAACGUGUUAAAGGUAUUAAAGUUUGGCCAGUUUUAGAGUAAUCAAUGAGAAAGUAGUGUUGAGGUGUGUUUGUAUGAGUGUGUGUUUGUAUGAGUGUGUGUUUGUAUGAGUGUGUGUGUGUGUAUGAGUGUGUGUGUGUGAGAGAGUUUGCUGAGCCACGAUGGUGUUUUUCACUUGUAACGCGUGUGGAGAGUCGCUGAAGAAAGCCCAGAUCCAAAAACACACCUCUAUGUGCCGUGGAUGCCGAGUUCUGUCCUGCAUUGACUGUGGAAAAGACUUCUGGGGAGAAGACUAUAAGAGUCAUGUGAAGUGCAUCAGCGAGGAUCAGAAAUAUGGAGGGAAGAACUAUGAGGCCAAAGCAAAUAAAGGAGAUGUGAAACAGCAACAGUGGAUUCAGAGAGUCCAGGCGGCACUAGAUAAGCCGGGUGUGAGUGCGCGACUGCGCUCGGUGCUGCAGCAGGUCGCCACCUACGACAACGUACCACGCAAGAAAGCCAAGUUUCAGAACUGGAUACAGAACAGUCUGAGGAUUUAUGACUCCAGCCUGCAGAAUCAAGUUUGGGAGAUCUUCUCCUCUUCUGACAGUCCACCUAACAAAGCCGAACAGCCUGAACCCACAUCACCACCAGCGCCAGCUGUUCAGGAAGAACAAGUGAAACCUGACGAGAAGAAAAAGAACAAGAGGGAGAGAAAAGAGGAACGACAAAAGAAGAGUAAAAAGAAGCGAACGGAGAACGGUGACAUGGACGACAAGCAGAAUGGUGUAGAAGAGCCUCAGAAGAAGAAAAAGAGGAAGCAGGCAGCAGAGGAGUGUGACGAGGAGGGAGAGAGCAUGGAGGGAAAGACAUCAAAGAAAAAGAAGAAAAGGAAAGAGGAGGAGUGUGAAGAGAGCCAAGACAUGGAGGAAGUAGAGGAGGAACAGGAAGCGCAAGAGGAGUCCAACACUAAAGGGAAGUUUAACUGGAAGGGAACGAUCAAGGCGGUUCUCCGUCAGGCUCCAGAAGAAGGCAUCGCUCUCAAGAAGCUCCGCAAAAAGGUUUUAUCAGCGUAUUACUCCUUCAGCGCAGAAGACAAUCAUAAAUCAGAGGACGAGCUGUAUUCUCUGUUCAACAAGAAGCUGAAAAACCCCAAGUUUAAGAUCCUGAAAGAUAAAGUCAGACUUGUUCAAUAAUGUUCCUUUUGUUUGUACAUGAAGCCACACACAUUCGCCAGACCAGAAGAAGAGACGUCUCCUCGAUCAUCUUGUUUUAUGUCCCAUCCGUGUCUAUUUUUCUUAAAAUAAAUGUUCUUUAUGAACAGAUAUGUUGUCUGACCAGAGUGAAUGUUACACACCCAUACACUU